CAAAGAUAUUCAUUCGAGUUAGGAGAACAGCCGCCCAAGACAGAAAAUGAAGGAUACAUUGACGGAUGCGAAUUUCCCUCGAACGGAUGAUCUCCGCGUCUAUCACCUGGGAUUGAAGGCAGGGGAGGUGGCCAACAGGAUUAUUACUGUGGGCUCGCCCUCCAGAGCGAAUGGUCUCGCAAGCUUGCUGGACGCGGAACCGAAGCCAUUUGUAUUGUCCUCCGAGCGGGGAUUCUUGACAAUCACUGGGCGAUUUCGAAAUGUCCCUGUCUCUAUUGUCAGUAUUGGAAUGGGCAGUCCCAACAUGGACUUCUUCAUUCGCGAAGUCAGGGAAUGUGUUACAGGAGAUAUGGUAAUCAUAAGGCUGGGCUCUUGCGGUGGUCUUGUCGACAUACCUGUCGGCUCCGUUGUCGUUCCAAAAGCGAGCGUGGCGAUUAACCGGAACGUCGACUUCGAUUUUGUUCAUCCUGAGGACAACCGGGAACCCGCGUAUCGAAUCAGCAAGCCUGUUUCCGCGGAUCCGGAACUCCAUGAGACGGUCCGCAAAGCCGUUCAAGGCGCCAAACCACCUCAAUCCCAGGCCGUCAUUCUCACAGGCACCGUCAAUGCCUCUGCUGACAGCUUCUAUUCGUCUCAAGGCCGCCAGACUUCGUUUCCGGACCACAAUGAGGACUUGAUUGCUCAUCUGCUUCAGUCGAACCCGGAGGCUGCUACACUUGAGAUGGAAACGUUCCAUCUCUUCCAUCUGGCACACUGUUGGAGUGGGCAUUCAGCCAAAAAUAGGCCAUCUGCAACCGCGCCUCUUACGACAGGGCCUGUGAAGCCUGUAAUGUCGCAACGAGAGACGUCAAGCCAGCCGGUGCCAGCACCCGCCAGUCAGGACACGGUGAUCAAAGCAGCAGCGGUCCAGAUGGUGUUCGCGUCUCGAACCUCUCAGGAUUUCAUUAAGCCCAAUGAAGUGUCUGAGACUGAAAGGUGGACGGGACAGGUGUGUUCUCGCAGCCCUCAUUCGCCUGUCGACUUCAGACCCUGA